CCGCCAAGGGAUAUUCUGUCCGUUGUUGUCAACCGUGCGGUGAGGUACGCGGGUAAAGCGGUUGAAAAUUUUACCGAAAAGCUCGCGCAGUUAUCGCGGUGCGGUCGCGUGGUUUGAAACGUUUACGCGUUGGUUUUCACCUUCAUAAAGAAGCGGGAUUUUUGGAUACGUGCGAGAUAAUAAGGUGGAAAUUGACCGAUGAAUUCAUCGAAAUCCAUCGUCGUCAUUUUUGAGAAAAUGAGAUCGAUCGAAUGAUUCGAAAAUCAAUUGAAGUGACGCAUGAAACUGCAUUCUAUGACGGAGACCAGCGAGCGAAGGAUUGAAAAUGAAUUUUAUAUCCGUGGAGAACAGGCGAGCGUAAUUAGAUUUUUCGCUACACGAAGAAAAUUAGAAAGUCUCCGAGGAUCGUCGGAGACCGCGAUAAAUUGCAGGUUCUAACGUAACCGUAGCCGGUGAGCAAAUCUGCGAUAUACCGAACUGAAUAUCUGAAUAUUGAAACGGAUUCAGUGAAGUCUCAUUGAAUUCAUAGACCAAAUAUGGAGAACUAUACGUCCUGAGAAGUCCAAUAUUUGUCGAGUUUAAACGUAAAUUUCAUUCUCCGCAAACAUGGAGUUCCCGCAUUACGUACUUUGAACAGAAAAAAAAAAAAAACUAAUUUUCAUUAUCUAUGAGUCUCAUUCGUCUAUUGUUCAAAGUUUAUACAAGAAACAUUGAAUCGAUUGGAUCUGAACUUUAUAAUGUAGUUUACCGGUGAAACGCGCGAAACUUUUAUAUAUACUAAAUUAUACACUAGAUCGUCCAUUGAUGUGUGGAGAACGAAAGUAAAUGAAAUCCAAUAAACCGACUCACUCAUUGAAUUCUCCACAAGUAGUCGUAUCGUAUUUAUCGCAUUAAAAAAAAAAAAAACACCGAAGCGGUGGCACGUCGUUCGACACGCGGAGUUGAAUUUCUGCCGGAUGCAUCGCGGGACGAUCUGUCGGCGGAUCGUCGAUCGCCGUCGAUCUCGUCGUCCGAUGGAACAGUGAUUUUACGAAAACAACUUAUAAGGCGCCGAAAAACCACCUGUGGAAAAAGGAAAAAAGAAAUUCCUUCGAAAAAACGAAGAAUAAUUAUCGCCCGAACGAUUCGUGUCGGGGAAAAAACAUAUCGCGCAACGGGACUAUGCCGUCGACUUCUGCAGGGCUGACCAUGCCGCGACUCUUACUACUCGCCGCUGCUCUACAGUCCUGCUGUCUUCUGACCUGGACGCGAAUAGGUGGUGCGGACGCGUUGAUACUGACGAGAUUGGAAGUUCCGCUGUUCGUCGAUCCAAGAUCGGCCAAAGUGGCACUGAGAUGUAUCUACGACUUGGAAGGAGCUGCUUUGUAUUCCGUAAAAUGGUACAGGAAUGAUUUCGAAUUUUUUCGUUAUAUGCCCGGCAUCGCACCACCGGGACAAGCUUUUAACGUCACUGGGGUCAAAGUUGACGUCGAACGCUCCGACCACGAGCAGGUCAUUCUCUUGGGACAGGCAGAUGGCGUUAACUUAGCCGGUACCUAUCUAUGCGAGGUAUCGACCGAGAGUCCGAAAUUCAUCUCAAAAUAUGAUUCUGCAAAUAUGAGCGUGGCCGUUGUUCCUAAAAGAGAUCCAGCUCUGGAAGGAGUUCGGGCGAGUUACGAAGUUGGAGAAGUUAUGGAGGCUGAGUGCACUUCUGCUCCGAGUUAUCCCCCGGCUAAUCUUACAUUCGUUUUAAACGACAAGGAGGUGUCCUCUCUCCUCACUCGCGAUCUGACGCCCCAAGUGACGCUUCCAGUUGACGGCGGUGGUCAGGCCAUUCAGCUUUCCACGACACGAUUGGGUCUGACGUUACGCCUGGAGCGUACACAUUUCCCCGGAGGAAGUAUGAGUUUGAUUUGUCGUUCAACCUUACCGGGAAUAUCGGCAGCUCGUUCCAGAAAAACCGAAGUAACUUCUGCCCUGGCAGCGAGUAACCAACGUUUAGCUCAAGAACCACCUCCCCAAUCAAAGGCGAGGGCUCUUCUUGUUCAUCGAGAAGGUGAAUUUUUAUCCCUGUUUCUCACCCUCGUCGUAAUUUUUCGCAAUAUUUUUCCCUCCGGAGAAACAUUAUCCGGGGAUCCGUGAAAUUUCGAGCCUUCGGCUGGAAUUCUAUUUGCAAAAAAAAAAAAAAAUCAUCAUCAAGUAUAAUCAUUAAACAAAUAAAAAACAAAGACGAAGAAAGUACGGAUCGAAGGAUUCCGAUGAAACUCGGUCGAUAUCACGAUAGCAAUAUAAGUGUAAUGAUACGUAGAUUAUACUAAGUGUAACUAUAAGAUACGAUAUCUAUAUACAUAUACUAUAUACAUAUUAAAAACUAGCGAUAACGAUAAUGAGUAAUAAAAUGAAGGAUAUGUUGAAUAUGGCGUUGUACAUAUAGCGAGUGAAUGGGAUGUAGAAAAUGGCAGAUCUGUGACGAUUAUUGAAUAAAGCGACGAUGUGAAUGAGGGGGAAGUAAAAAAAUUACAAGAAUAAUUUUUGCUC